AUCUGUAGUAGCCGCAUAAAGACCGUGCUUAUUAGAUACACGCGUUGACACGGCGUGGUCAGUGACUGCAUCUACGCUUGCUAUUGACAAGUGACAGGAUUGUAUUGUAUAUCUUUCUCACCUCCUGACAGCCUCGAGAAAUCAUCAUGGCGGACCUAAAGUUAUACUACUUCCCAACAUCGUUCUACUCUCAGAAGGUGCUGAUGGCGUUAUUCGAGAAGGAGGCAACGUUUCGGGAACAGAUAGUUUUUAUCGUCCAAGGCGAGCAGAACGAGCCCUGGUACAUGAAGGUCACCCCUAAAGGAACAGUCCCGGCCCUGGAAGCCCCGGGGAGGGUCCUGACCGACUCGGAGGAUAUCGUAAACUACGUAGACAAAGAGCUGGACACUGGGACUAGACUUAUACCAAACCCUGACACUAAGAUUGGACAGGAGGUCGACAAGUGGCGAAACCUAUUGAAUGACGUAAACGUACCAGUGAUAACGUUUGGAACCGUAUUUCACCAGGAGUUGUCACAAACAGGGUUGAAAUUUCCGUCUUUCUUGAAGAGUAAACUCAAAUCAGCAAAGGAAGUUAUGCAGAAUGGAGCAAAAGUACUCCAGGAAAAGGCUGACAAGUAUCCGGAACUUAGGGAGCAUUUCCUUGCAAAGCUAAGCGCUCAGAACGAACGGUCAGCAAAAACGGGAAAUAAGGAGGUGGUCGUGCAGGCUUUGGACGAGCUGGAUGUGCUAUUUGAAAAGAUCGAAGAUAGAUUGGCAGAAACGCGAAAAGAGCAGGGAGUGACGGACAGCUGGCUUGUUGGGUCUCGGUUCACCAUGGCGGACAUCAAUCUGGCCAUCCUACUGGACCGGCUCACCCUGCUAGGGUUAGAGGAACGCUACUUCAGCCCCUCCAAACGACCACUGAUCCAAGACUUCUACGUGAGGAUGGGAAAACGCAAAAGUGUUCAACGAGUUCGACAGAAAUUUCAGAGCACGAUGAGAAUAAUGGUCGGCAGGACGUUGAAAAAGGCUAUUCCGGUUGUCGUGGGUUUAGUGGGUGUGGCCGUAGGCGUGUUUUACUGGAGGGGGAGGGCGAAAUGAUAAUGACUGGCUACAGGAAGGAGUGAGGAGGAUAUCCAUUUGUAGCGAGAAAUUGUGUAUAAAUGUGUCUAUACAACUUG